AUGAGUCCAGAGGCAUAUGCGUCAUAUCUUUCAUGGCUAUUCUUUUCUUGGUUCAACAAGAUCAUCAGUAUUGGAUCGAGCAAAACGCUUAACCUAUCAGACUUGUCCGAGUUGUUGCCUCAACUCCGGGCGAGGACUGUCUGGUCACAGUUUCAGAUGUUCUCGAGCUUUAGGUGGCGCGUCCUCUGGUUCAAUGGAGUAUCGUUCUUAUGGCAGUUCACGUUCGUCGUCAUUUCGACAUUCCUUGACUUCUCGGUCCCCUACUUCCUCAAGCUGUUUCUCAGCUACAUCAAUGAUCCCGAAGUUCCACCAAAAGUCGCUUACCUCUAUGUCAUCCUCAUCUUCAUUGCCCAGGUCUCACGCUCGUUGGUGCAGUCACAAAUGUUUUACAUGGGACGCAAAAUUAACGUUUCCAUGAUGGCGCUACUAAAUGCAGAGAUCUAUGCAAAGACAUUGACUCGCCGCGACAUGAGUGGUCUUGUCAAGAAGAAACCAAAGGAAUCGAGCGGCAGCCAGGACAGCAGUGACUCUAAUGGUAAAGGGAAUGGAAAUGGGAAAGGAAAAGACAAAGGCAAGAGUAAAGGCAAAGACGACGACAAAGACACCGCGCCUGCUAGUGCAGGCAAGGUUGUCAAUCUCAUGUCAACGGAUACAGUUCGUGUUUCGGGCGUGUGUAACUUUUGGCACAUCGGAGUUUCCUCACCUAUCGGCAUUGCCUUAGGAACAUAUCUCUUGUACGACCUCAUCGGUUGGAGUUCACUAGUUGGAAUGUCCAUCCUGAUCAUCACUAUCCCUGUCAACAAGGCUGUCAGGAAGCGAUAUACCAUUGGACAACGCGAGCUUUCCAGUGCUCGUGAUGAUCGUUUGAUCGCGGGUAUUCGCAUGAUCAAGUUUUUCGCUUGGGAAAUGUCCUUCAGUGAGAAAGUGUUGAAAGCAAGAGAGUUUGAACUCAAGAAGCUGGUUAAUGUUUACAAAAACACUAUCCUUUUCCAAAUGGUCUGGUUUACAUCUCCUCUGUUGGUAACCUUAUCAAGCUUCUUCUGCUACGCCAAGAUUCAAAAAGGCGAGUUUACGCCCGCAGUUGCCUUUACAGCCAUGGUCCUUUUCAAUCGCUUAAAGAGCCCUCUGAAUGGUCUUCCUGCAGUCUACAUGGCCCUCACAAAUGCCAGCGUCAGUUUGGGCCGUAUUGCUGAGUAUCUGGAUGAGCCCAAUAUCAAGGAUGUGUUUGUCAAUGGCAAUAAAAGAACAAAUGGGUCGCCUGAAAUUGGGAUGCAGGAGAUGAGUGCACAAUGGUGGACAACCGAAAGUGCAAAGACACCUAAUGUAAACGCAGCGAACUCAGAUCAGCCCCGGGUGGAGGAUGUAGACCAAUUUAUUCUACGCAAUAUCAGUGUUUCAUUCCCUGUAGGAGAACUCUCCAUUGUCUGUGGAUCGACCGGAAGCGGAAAGACCUCGCUAUUGAUGGCUAUGCUAGGCGAAAUGGAUAUCUUGGCAGGACAAAUUUUCUUACCUCGACGACCAUUGGAUGGCUCAAAGGAGUUUGAUCCAGAAACCGGGUUAUUGAAUGACGGUGUAGCCUAUGUCUCUCAGCAGGCUUGGUUACAAAAUGCCUCUAUUCGUGACAACAUCUUGUUCGGCAGUCAAUAUGAGGAAGAACGCUAUAACGAGGUCAUCGAAGUCUGCGCGUUAAAACGUGAUCUUGAAAUUUUGGAGGAUGGUGAUCAAACCGAGAUUGGAGAGAAGGGCAUCACUCUCUCUGGGGGCCAGAAGCAGCGUGUUUCGUUGGCGCGUGCCAUUUAUUCACGGGCACGACAUGUACUUCUGGAUGAUUGUCUUUCAGCUGUAGAUGCCCAUACUGCCGAACAUAUUCAUGCCAAAUGUCUGACUGGGCCGAUUAUGACGAACCGCACUUGUAUCCUGGUGACUCAUCAUGUCCGUCUCUGUAUCGCAACUGCUAAGCAUGUGGUGUUGAUGAAUAACGGAGAGAUUUCUGUUCAGGGUUCAGUUCAACAGCUCAGGGAACAGGGGCUAUUGUCCCUUGUCCUCGAAGAAGAUGAGGAUGAUCAGGCCACGGAUACUUCUGACAGCGAUACUGUCAAUGGUAACGACUUGGGAUCAUCCACAAGUAUUGUCAAACCUAAACUUGUGCAGAAUAAGUCAACCAGCAAGGAUCUUAAAAGAACCUCAGAACCUUCUUCUGCAGGUGCUGCUCCAACCAAGGACGCCAGGAAGCUUGUUCAGGAGGAGGCGCGUGAGGAAGGCCGCGUCAAAUGGUCCAUCUACCUUGUUUAUGCGUCGGCUGCUGGUGGCAUCAUCUUUUGGUUGACACUUAUGGCGGCCUUUGCUGUGACCCGAUCGAUAGAAGUGUCAGAGUCGUUGUGGGUACGCGAGUGGGCAAACUCAUAUGCACCGGAUUCAUUCUUUAAAAAACUCAUGUCCUUGAACAUUUACAACACCAUGGGAUCCUCGUCAAUACACCUUGCCCCUUCAGCUGUAUAUUCUGAUUCACAGGGGAUUCAGGGGCAUACUCCACUCGAUAGUCCGGCACUGUCUUCGAUGAGUCUACAUCCAAAUUAUAUCAGAGAGGGUGCUGAGAAGCACAGUACAGAUUUUUACUUGCUUAUUUAUGCCUUGAUCUCGAUCGGGGCUAGCUUGGCACAUGUCAUGCAGACGGUUAUUGUGUUGUAUGGUUCCUUACGUGCUGCAAGACUGCUGUACAAAAAGCUGCUGCUUUCGGUAGUACGCGCGCCUCUCCGGUUUUUUGACACCACCCCUGUAGGUCGAAUCAUGAACAGAUUCUCAAAAGAUUUCGAGACCGUCGAUGGAUCGAUCGCCAAUAAUUGCGCUCAACUUUUGUCGCUCAUCAUGUCUGUCAGUUCGAUUAUCAUUGUCUUAGCCUACAUCACGCCUGUGUUUGUCGUUGUUGCAGCAUUGAUUUCGGUGGCGUACUUGGUAGUGGGUAAAAAGUACAUCAGCUCGUCUCGAGAGCUUAAGCGUCUACACUCUGUAUCUCGCUCACCUAUCUACUCCAUGUUUGGGGAGACCUUGGCAGGUGUCGCGACAAUUCGUGCGUUUAGUGAACAGAGCCGAUUCAUGAGCGACUUGUUGACCAAGAUUGAUGAUAGUAAUCGGCCAUUCUAUUUCUUAUGGAUCGCUAACCGAUGGUUGUCAGUCCGGUCAGAUUCGAUUGGUGCAGUAGUAGCACUCUCAUCUGGAGUAUUUAUCCUGAUGAAUCCAGUCGGAAUCGAUGCUGGUACAGCAGGUUUGGCGCUGACAUAUGCCCUCGAGUUUGUAGCCCUAGUAAACUAUUUAGUCCGAGAGUACACAGAGAUUGAGAUGGAACUGAACGCCAUCGAGAGGAUUACAGAGUAUACGAUAAUGCCUUUGGAGCCACCUGCUAUCAUUGAAGGUCGAAGACCUCCGGCUGCUUGGCCAACAGAAGGAAGCAUUGAGGUAAAGGACUUGGAAAUGAAAUACGCGCCUGAGCUCGAAACUGUCCUAAGAGGCAUCUCUUUUACUGUCGAACCUCGGCAAAAAAUCGGCGUCGUUGGAAGAACGGGUUCAGGAAAGAGUACAUUGGCGCUUUCGCUGUUCCGUUUUGUUGAACCAGUGGCAGGAACCAUUCAUAUCGAUGGUAUUAAUAUCUGUGACAUCGGUUUGGACGACCUUCGUUCUCGUUUGACUAUUAUCCCACAGGAUCCCAUGCUCUUUAAUGGUACUAUCCGAUCCAAUCUUGACCCUUUUAAUGAUCAUGACGAUGCUGAACUCUGGGAAGCCCUCCGGCGUGUGCACUUAGUUACUGAGGCAAGCCAAGACUCGUCUGCUUUGAGCAUUAUUGAUACUAAUGGUGAAGUUGGUGAGGGCUCUGGCUCUGUCAGCAAUUCCAGCAAUGCACUAGCAGCAGGAGCAAACAACAACAGCAAGACGACUCAUAUAUCGUUCUCAAGUCUUGAUAAUCCAGUUAGUGAGGGCGGAUCGAAUUUCUCUCAGGGCCAGCGCCAACUGCUGUGUAUGGCUCGGGCAUUGCUCCGGAACUCCAAGAUCAUUGUGAUGGACGAGGCGACCGCAUCUGUUGAUUUUGCUACAGACAAAGCGAUUCAAUCAGCGAUUCAGCAAGAAUUUGAGAAUUCUACUGUGAUCUGUAUUGCACAUCGACUCAACACGAUUAUCUUGUACGACAAAGUGUUAGUGCUAGAUCACGGCCAAGUGUUGGAGUAUGAUACACCCAAAAAGCUCUUGAUGGAGGAUGGUACAAAUGGCAAGGAAAAAUCGCAAUUCAGAGAGAUGUGUGAGCGAUCUGGCGAGCUGGAGGUGCUCAUGGAUAUGGUGAGGAGCGCUGAAGGAAGUAAACAACGAGGAACAGAACAAUAG